AUGGUGCAACAGUAUAUACGGGCAAUACUAAGGCAUCCGUUGUUGUUUAUACAAUUGCCAUUGCUAAUAGUGUUUACGCUCUCGUAUGACAUAUUGUACGACUUUACAGUGAAGCAAUUCAAUUCAGUGUUUUUAUAUGGAGUGCAGAAAGUUCGACAUGUGCCAGAUAUAUGUACCGGGAAAUAUGUUACGAAGAUAGUGUUGCUGGGCGAAAAUGUUUUGGAUAUGGAGUUUUUAAAGAAGGUAGAGGAGAUUAGGCGGCAGUAUGGGUGUGUGAUUGCGCCAGCCACGGAGUUUUCCCUGAAGAGGUCGAUGAUACGGUACUUUAACGAAAUGAGUAUACCCCUAGCCCAUUUGUUUCUUGGGGAGAUGACAUAUUCCAACCACUUUAUAAAUGCAGCAAAGACAGUUAAGAUUUAUGUGAUAGACGAUGAGGUGGGGACGUACCUGGCCAAGCAAUUUCUUGAAUAUUAUGCCAUACAGGCUGGACUCAAGGGGUGGUACUUUUUUUGGAUCAGCAAUUUGGUCGUAGGUGUGGCGAUCACAUGCUAUAUACUACAGAUGUAUGUUUCCAAUAGGUACAGGGUUAGAGUGUUGUGGCGAUGGCUAGUGAGUGUGGGACUAUGCUGUUUAGCGUCGGUGAGUUUAGUUGCAAAAGUUCAGGGUGCAGCAAUGUGGAAUCUAGUGUUUGAGCCACUGACGACGUUUACGAAGGCUGCUUAUUUUUUGGUUGUGGUUAUUCUUGCGUCAAGGAAUAUAGGAAUUGAUAGAAGUGAUAUGGUGGGGUACUAUACGGGGUGGCACGGACUACCGAGGGUGGUCAAGAUACUUUUGGUGAAUUUGGCGGUGGUGGCUUCAGUUGUAGUAUGUUGUUUGGUGUUGGUUCUUGUGUUUACGAGAGAGCUACAACGGUACUUGGCCCACCGGUUGAUUAACAUGUUCUGGGUUGUGAGUCUAGCGUUGGUGAUGGAGGUGUUUAUGGAGUUGACCUAUUUUAUGGGGGUGGUCACGAUCGAUAGGAAGGUGGAUUUAGAUGGAG